AACUCCAAAUGCGCAAUGAUGCGUUCGAAAGAAUCAAAAAACAGCGUCCUCAGCACAGCCUCCUCUUUCUCCUUCUGUCUCUCUCCAGUUUCAGUGCCAAAUAUUUUCUUCGGGAAAUAUUGCGUGAAUUUUCCCCGGAGAGAAUCUUUUCCCCAAGGGAGAGCUAGCUAUAUAGAACUUCGAUGUCGGAGAAACCCCAGCCGGUGCGCGUCCUAUGCUGUCCGGUGUGCAGUUUACCGGCAGAGUACUGUGAAUUUGGACCUGAUUUUGAGAAAUGCAAACCCUGGUUGAUCCGAAACGCUCCUGACCUCUACCCUGAUCUCCUCAAAGAGGCAAAUGCAAAGGAAUCUGAUAAACUGGCUGAUCAGCUCCAGUCCACCGGAAUAUCUUCUGCAGGCGGAGGCGAUGGAGCCACUGCUUCCGGUGGUACAUCAACAUCUAAGCAAGAAGAAGUGAAGCGUCUUCCAGGUGGAAAAGUAAAAAGGAAGGAGAAGCAAGAAAUCAUUAUUGAGAAGGUUGUGCGUAACAAGCGAAAAUGUAUCACCACUGUGAAAGGGCUGGAACUUUUUGGUGUUAAACUUAGUGAUGCGUCAAAGAAGCUUGGCAAGAAGUUUGCUACAGGAGCCUCUGUUGUUAAGGGUCCAACUGAGAAGGAGCAGAUUGAUGUUCAAGGAGACAUAUCCUAUGACAUCGUGGAGUUUGUUACGGAUACCUGGCCUGAUGUACCAGAGACUGCAAUUUUCUUUAUUGAAGAUGGAAGAAAGGUCGCAGCCGCUUGAAUUUGGAAGUCUUUCAACCUCUUGCCUUGAGUCCUCAUGCCCUGCUAAAGUGGCUGCUUGGCUUCCAGAUAUGUUUGGAGAAUCUAGUGCUAAAAGUGAGACAUUUUUUUAUGUUGGCUACACUCCCGAAUCUUUGUUGUCUAAAAUGGCUUAAUCUUUUUUCAAUCAAUUAUGCUCAAGUAACAGAUGUGAAUUGUAUCGGAGGCAUUGUUAAAUAUUGUUUGCUCUGUUUAUGCACUUGUGUUACUGUGCUAUAUAAUUAGUGGCUGUUGAAUUAAA